CGGCUGGUUGACUACUACGCUAUUUUAAAAUGCGCAUAAUUUGAUUUUGUUUACUAUGCUAGUAGGUUACUCGCAGUUUAUAUACUUUGUCUUCUUGUGUCUUGCACACAUUUGUGGGGGCGAAAAAAAUUCAUCGAUAGUUUUUGCUGUCAAGAAUUGUGUCGUAUCUGAAAAUGCUUCAUUUCUCGGUGGAAUUAUUGGGCAUUUAUUUUCCGAUGAGUCUGACGAUAAGGUGGACUAUUACUUCAGCGUUUGUGGUUUUAAAACAGAAGAAAAUUCCUCAGUAUCAUUAAAUCAGUCUAUUAUUGCUGUCAGUGACAGCAGUGUUGAAGAAUUAGGAUCGUUUACUAAUUUUUCCGUUUCUAAUAAAGGUGAUCGACACCUUGUAAGGUUCAACAAUUCAGACAGUAUAACGGACUUAAUACUUGGGUGCGGUAGCAUGGCAGCCUUCCACCUAAUCAGCCAUGAAAAUGAUAAAUCCUAUAGUUUUGAUUUAUUUCAUCCCAGUCUUUGUUCGACUCGUCAUUCCGUGAAGUAUGCUUUCAUGGUCAUUCUUCUUUGCUUCAUAUCUUUUAUUAUUGGUUAUUGUGUGCUAAGUUGCUUAAUAAAGAAAUGCCUAUAUGGACGAUCAUGGUACCAGUCUAUUCCACUUAUCAGUGGAUUUGAAAAUAUCAAAAAUCGAUUUCAGGACUACAUUGUUCUGCAUUAUCAUCGUCCACAAACUCGUCUCCUUGAACCAGUGUAUAUGCCUGUACCAAAUGAUUCACCGGAACAAUUUAAAACUGCUAAAAACAAUCAAUCUAAUUGUGAAAAUUCACUAGAACAAAAACAAUCUUUAUUAUCCUAUACAGAUGAAGAACAACAACAACAAGAAGAUGAUGUUUUAUUAGCUUUAUGACCACCCCACCCCACAAUGAACUAUACCAAUCGAUAACUUCAGAUAUAUAUAUAUAUAUAUAUUAUAUAAAUAAAUAAAUUUGAAUUGAAUAUUUUAUUUAGAUAAACUUGAUUGAAUUAUGAUAUUUAUCUUUUUUUGUUUUAAUUUGUUCAAUUGUUUAUUCCAUCAUCAUCAUCAUCAUCAUCCUUAACACAAAGAUCACAUACACUGUUCAUUUGUAUUAUUCCGGUGUUUUUUGGGUUAUUUUAAUAAAUAUCAUUGUUCAUUAUUAAACUAUGCAUUGUGUGUGUGUGUGUUUGGUUAAUAUUUGAUCAAAUGUUCAGCAGCUUACUUACUUACUUACUUACACAUUCCCUUUGAGUUUUCUUGCUUUAAAAUGUUUACUUGACAUCUUACUUGCUCUCUAUGACUCUGCUAAUCUUAUUUACUUCAUAUUUCAUUGAUUUCUGUUUGUUUUUUUUUAUUUAUGACUUUGCUUUACAUUGUUUCUUAUGUGAAUAAAAUGUAAGGAAUGAUUGAAUUGCAAAAUUCUACAAUGUGUUUUUGUUUUCUUUUUCUGCUUUUUUAAUGUGCUUUCAGCUUGAAAAAAAC